GUCAUUUUUGUACAAUUUUCGUUGAGUUCGACACAGUCAUAUUGUCUCCAAAACCUGAAGCAGAAUGAAGCUCUGGAUUAGAAAUGCCAAUUUUACCAUCAGCUUAUCACUGACAUUGCUCAGAUGUUUGGGGUUCUGGUCUCCUGAUGGCUUGGCUGGGAACAAGAGACUUUUGUACAACUGUUACAGUUUUGUCUUUUUCAUGUUUUUACUUGGAAUCUACAUCCUCAUUCAAGUUGUGGACAUGAUAAAGAUAUGGGGAGACCUUCCGCUGAUGACGGGCACGGCUUUCCUCUUAUUCACAAACUUUGCACAUGCCACGAAGGUCAUUAACAUUGUUAUCAGGAAGAAUAGGAUACAGAGGGUAAUUCAACAAGCCAAUGCAGUUCUGAUGGGAGUACAGAGCGAGGAGGCUAGAAGGAUUGUUAAAAGUUGCGACUUUGAAACCAGUAUACAGCUUUGUCUGUACUUUCUAUUGACUUUUGUGACUACUGUUGGAUGGGCGACUAGCGCUGAGAAGCACCAGCUGCCUUUGAGGGCAUGGUACCCUUACGACACCUCCAAGAGUCCAGCAUACGAGUUGACGUACAUCCAUCAAGUGGCAGCGCUAUUGAUAGCUGCUUACAUCAACGUUGCCAAGGAUUCUCUGGUCAGCAGUCUGAUAGCCCAGUGCCGCUGCAGGCUGCGUCUCGUGGGACUUGCACUGGCUUCGCUAGGCCAAGACUUGAAGAUUGAUUAUCAGAGUCAACUCAGUCCAGCACAAGAAAAUAUACUCAAUUUACGUCUAAAAACCUGUGUUUUGGAGCAUCAGACCGUUUUGGCGGCGGUUACCGAACUACAAGCGUGCUUUUCGAAGCCAACCUUUGCGCAAUUUACAGUAUCGCUAAUCAUCAUUUGCGUGACUGCCUUUCAAUUGGUCUCACAAACAGGAAACCUGGUUCGGCUGCUUUCUAUGGGUACUUACCUAAUGAACAUGAUCUUUCAAGUUUUCAUCUACUGCUAUCAAGGAAACAAACUCUCCGUUGAGGCAUAUGACCGACAUUGACAUUAUUAUGUCCAUUGGUAAUGGUAAUAUUUAUCAAAGAGAAAACCCAGAAUGUGAAUGAAAUAAAUGUCAAUGUGAAUGCAAAAGAGCACGGUCCACUUGACGGAGAGUAGUCAGUCACAGAUGCUCACGGUCAUCUUCAUCGCUGCUGCCAAAUGAGUUGUAACCAAUCCUUUUGGAAUAAAACUCUUAACUAUA